AUGAGCAUCGCGUCGUCAUCACCGCAUGUCAUGGACAUGGCGACGAUAGACGACGCUGCAGCUGACGACGCAUACACAGCCGUCGAUGUCUGGAGCGAUGGCUUGCUCUCAGAAUCCGAGAGCCUCGGCCGGACGAUCGGUUUGCCGCCUGAUACCGACGACGGCAGGAGCGAGUGCGAUACGCACUGCCUGCUGUUCGGCCGCAGCUGCUCCCGCUAUCGGCGCCGGCUCUGGUUCUUCUCCGCUCUCUCGCCGGCUCUGCCUGGGGAUGACCGCAACGCUUCAGGCAGCGUCUGCCAGUUGCCGCCGCACUGCAAGUCGUGGCGCGGCGGUUCUGCUCUUCCUCGCGCUAUUCAUCACCGCCUUCACCGCGUGCGGCCUCGUCGCCUGAACGCGACAGUGGCGGCGCUUCUGCCGCCGCUGAACGCGCUGAACGGCAUGGCGGUGCUGCUCGCGCCCACUGCGCGCGACAUGGGGGGAAAGGCGGUGGCGAGGGGGAGAAGGGGCCGGGCGCGGGCGCUAGCACGGCUCAUGCGCAAGGUCGUCCCGCACAUGUAUCCUGCGUUUCUGGGAGCACCGUCACUGUCGGCCGUGGUGCUUCAGACAUACAACCGCUCUGUACCCACCCAGUUCGUGGGUUACUACCGUAACUGGACCGCUGACUCACUGCUAACCCAUUCCCCGCACUCGUCAUUUUCCUCUGAUAGCCUUCCGUACCGUACACGUGCGUCGCCCCCACUCUUCCCACCAUCCACUGACGUAGCAGCACCUCCUGACAAUACGCCUGGUGAUUCACCUGGUAACUCACCUGUUAACACGCCUGGCAACUCGCCUGGUAGCAACACAGGAACACCUGACAAUAUCACCGCUGGGAGCAACGCAUCUUCUUUGCCUCUCCCGUCUCUCCCUCUCCUCUCCGCCUCAUCGCUCUUCUUUGGACUCACCCCAUCAGUCGCCACUGCCACUGCCAGCACCACCACUGCCAUCACCACCCUCUCCGCCUUCCUCUCCCCCAUCAACCCCUACGACGGCCUCCCCAUCACCUCCCCACCCCCUGCUCCCACUGCCUUACCCCCGCUGCUGGCCCCCCACUCCCUCCGCACCUCUGUUCCGCCAAUCCCCUCCCCCGUCUGGCUACUUGCGCCCAACGCCUCCCCCUCUCUCCUCGUCGCCUCGCUGCUCCCCUUGGAGGCGUCCGCGUCCGCGCAACCUCCAGGGGCGUCCGCGGAGCCCUGGGCGGUGCUCUCCGCGCUGUUGCCCUUCCGCCACCUCUCCCUCCUCCUCUCCUCCCUCCCCCUGCCCCCAGGCGCUGCGCUGCUGCUGCUGUCGCAGGACGGUUACCUCCUGGCGUCAUCGCGCCUCUCCUACCAGCAAGAAUCCCCUGCGCCAGCUGAUUCAGCAGCAGCAUCACCUGCAGCAGAGGCAGCAGCGAGCAGCAGCGACCCCCUGGUCCGCAACACCGCCCUCCUGCUCGCACAGCGAUGGGGCUCCUGGCUGAUGGACAUCCUGCAGUGCCACGAGCUGCGCACGCCGAUGGCGGGCAUCAUAGGGCUGAUGGACAUCCUGCAGUGCGACGACAACCACCACGAGCUGCGCACACCGAUGGCGGGCAUUAUAGGGCUGAUGGACAUUCUGCAGUGCGACGACAACCUGACGGCGGACCAGCUGGACAUUGUCGCUCAGAUCCACCGCUGCGCCAUGGCGCUGCUCGGCAUCCUCAACAACAUCCUCGACCUCAGCAAGGUGGAGGCGGGGAAGUUGGAGCUAGCAGAGGAGCGUUUCAACCCGGCGCGGGAGCUGGAGGGCCUGGUGGACCUCUUUGCCAUGCAGUGCGCCUCCUCUGGCCUCGACAUUGCUCUCGACCUCGACGACGACCUGUCAACAGAAGUGAUCGGCGACGCGCCGCGAUUCCGGCAGAUAUUCGCCAACCUGCUGUCCAACGCUAUCAAGUUCACCCCUCAGGGAUGGAUCACCAUCCGCGGCUACACCCAGCAGCUCGGCGCCUACCGCUCUGCCGCUGAUUUAGUCCCCACUCCGCGCGCAUUCACGCAGCCUGAGGCGCCGCCUGAGUUUGGGUUUGACGCGGUGGGAGGCGGUGGUGGGGUGUGGCGGAAGGGCGGGGAGGGCAAGGUGCCUGCGUGCAGGUCAAUGGGUGCUGUGAGCGAGAGGAACGGUGGGAAGGGGUGGGGAGGGGUGGAGGAGGCAGAGGAGGAGGAGAGGGGAGGAGGGGCGGUGGGGUCGGAGAAAGUGGUGCUGCAUUUUGAAGUGGAAGACUCGGGUGUUGGCAUCCACCCGUCCAUGUGGACACGUGUGUUUGAGUCGUUCGUCCAAGAGGACGAAUCUACCACUCGCGCCCACGGUGGCUCGGGCAUCGGGCUGAGCAUAGUAAAAGGCUUUGUGGAGCGAAUGGGCGGGUUCAUAGCCGUGGUUCCCAAGGACUCCCCCGGCACGCGCUUCGCCUUCCACCUCUGCUUCCAACGCCCCCCACCCGCCUCCCCUCAACUCCCCUCCUCCCCCCACGGCCUCUCCGGAAACCCGUUUCUCCCGAACGAGCAGUCGUUGUCGUUUCCCACCUCCCCGCCCACGCACUCGCUCAAUCCCACUCCUGCCUUUGACCCUCUCUCCGCCUCGCCGCCUCACGCCCACGCAUCGACCGCUGCACCAUCACAGUCGCCCCCACGAGUUGCAGCACCAGCAGCAGCAGCAGCAGCAGCAGCAGCAGCAGCAGCAGCAGCAGCAGCAGCACCACCGACGGCACGCCGUGGCUUCCCCUCACGGGCGUCCAGGCGGGCGUGUCUGGCCCCGCCCCCGGAGCUGCGAGGGGUGCGCGUGCUGCUGUGUGUGGAGGACGCAGUAGACGUGGCCGUGGUGGAGCGGUGGCUGGCACGGCACCGCGUGCGGUCGGGGAGAACAGAGAGCACCAAGGAGCUGCUCGUGGCGGUUAGAGACUGGGCGGCCAAGGCGAGUCUUAGGCACAAGCAGCAGCGGCAGCAGCCGUGGGCGCAGGGGCAGGGGCAGCAGCAGAGGUUGCAGUCUCAGGGGUCGAACCCGUUUGUGGAUACAAACGAUGGGUGCGAUCGGGUCGAGUCUGUGGCUGCUUGGAGUGCUGCUGCUGUUGCCACCGGUUCUGGUGCUGGUUCUACUGCCAAUGGUGGAGGGGAGGACGAAUCUUGGCAGAAAGUGCUGGAGCAGCAGGAGGGGGGGGAUCCGGAGGAGGGGUUAGACGAGGAUGCAGAGGAGCGGCUGCUUGUGCUGUUAGAGAUUGAGAAGCUGCCAGGCAUGGCGCAGACGCCUCCCGACGUGCCCAAGGUGCGUGCCUUCCUCACAAAGCUGCGCUCCUUCCAACCCAGUGGCGUCGUCUUUGCCUGGGUCCUCACUCCCGCCGCCGCCCCCUCCCUCCGCUCCACCCUCCGCGGAUUCUCCGUCGUGAAGCCGCUUCAUCCGGGGAAGCUGCAGCGCGUGUUAGGGCUUAUGGUGCGGGGGUCGUCUGAGGGGGAUUCUGAGGGAGGGAUGGGUGUUGGGGACGGUGGGGAUGGGUUGGGGGGAGCGGGGAUGGCUGUGGAUGGGUCGGGGAUUCCGGUGCUGCGGCAGGAGUUGCUGGUGGCGCAGGGCACGGGGGUGCACUUGGCAGUGGAGGCGGCGCGCGCGGAGAAACUAGAGGCGGUGUGGGAGGAGCUGCAGCGCACGCACAGCACAGCGAGUACUGCCACUAACAGCAUUGCGAACAGCGGCCCGCUCGCCCAACCACCUACUGCUGCUGGUAUGGGUGGCACUGCAGCCAGUGCAGGUGCUGCUGGUGCGGGUACUGGUGGUGGUGGCGCUGGUGGGGGUGCUGGUGCUGGUGGUGGCGCUGCUGCAAGUGGUGGUAUGCAUGGUGCAGCAUCAACGUUCUCCCUGGCAGGCUCUGCAUCCAGCAACCAGGGUCCCACCAGCCACGCCAGCCACACCAGCCACGCCAGCCACGCCAGUCACAUGAGUCACAGCAGCAGCAUAACCAGCAGCACGCUCUCCCUCUCCCGCCGCAACAGCUCCGCGUCCUUCGGGUCCGGCCAGCUGGAGAUGCUGCUUGCCAGCGGCAUAGACCUCGCCCACGACCUCCCUCCCCGGCCCCACUGGCCCCCAGGCGCAGGGACCGGGCUGCGAGGCAGCGGGGGCAGCGUAGGAACCGGAGGAGCCGGAGGAACCGGAGGGAGUGGGUUGCAGCGAGGGGCGUCGUCUGUGGCAGCGCUCAUGUCCGGUGGGCUCAUGGAUGCCUCCCCCCGUCGGACUAGCUCCAUGUCGUCUCGCUCGCCGCCACGGGUCUCUCCUCCUCGCACGUUGAUGCCCAUCCCGCGCCUGUCCUCUACUCCGCAUGUUCCGCCGCUGCCUGCUGCGCGCGCGGGUCAUUUCGCCCCCGUGCCGUCUGGAGGGGGGUAUCCCCCGCCCGCCCGCCGCCUCAUGACUGCUCUCUCCACUCCGCUUGACUUUGCUGCUGCUCUUGGCCUUGCCGUUCCUCCCGCCCCUUCUGCUGCUGGUGCUGCUGGUGGUAUGGGCAUGGGUGCCCCUGCUGCUGCCGGUGGUGCUGGCUCUGCUGCUGGUGGUGGUGGUGCUGCUGCUGCUAUUGCAGCUGCCUUCCCUGCCCCCACCUCCCUCCCCCUCUCCCUUCUCCCCCCGAUCCCUCACUCUGCUACCUCCACUACCCCAUUCACCACUGCUGCCAACAGCAGCGGCAACAGUAUGGGCAUGGGCAUGGGGAUGGGUCUGGCUCCGCGCAGCUGGUCGGAAGAUACGCCGUAUUCGGACGGAUCCUCCUCUGCUGCUCUCUCUUCCUCCACAGCACGCUGCCCGCCCACCUCCCUCGCUCGCACCAUGUCCAGUGCUGCAGCUAUCAGAGCCCAGCUCGGCGCCACCCUUGCUGCUGCCACAGCCACCCGCGAAGCCGCUGCUGCUGCUGCCGCUGCCGCCGCCGCCGCAGCAGCAGCAGGAGGAGGAGGGGGUGGUGUGGGAGGAGGAGGAGGUGGUGUGGGAGGAGGAGGUGGAGGGGGGUUUCCGGAGAGUAGAGCGAGGGGGUUGGGGCCGAGUGCGAGUAUGAGCAGGGAGGGCAGUGGAAACAUGCUUCGCCCGGCGACCCACGCUGGGCUAUCAGGGCGGCCGCCGUUGGGGAGGCUACCAGCUCCUGGGUUGAGUCCACUGGGGCAGCGCAUCAGUGCCUCAUUCAAUGUGCGUAUGGUGGCUGCUGGUGUCAGUGCUGCUGUUGAAGCUGUUAAUGCAAGCGGCUCCAGGAAUCCCGGCGGCGGCGGCGGUGGUGGUGGUGGUGGUGGUGGUGGUGGUGGUGGUGGUGGUGGUGGUGGUGGUGGUGGUGGUGGUGGUGGUGGUGGUGUUGGUGGUGCUGGUGGUGGUUCUGGUGGGUUUGGUGUGGUGGGUGGUGCGAGAGCCGGAGAAGUAGCAGCGGGUACUGGCAUGAGUGGUGGUGGUGGCGGCGGCGGUGGUGGUGGUGGUGCUGCUGCUGCUGUGACAGCUCCUGCUGUAAAGUAUUUGAGUGCUGCUGAUCUGGCUAAUUCUGAUGAUGACGAUGAUGAUGAUGAUGAUGAUGCUGGUGCUGCUGGUGCUGCCGGGCGCAUGGGGAUGCUGCAGCGAGCAGAGGGCUCAGCAAGGGAUGCAGCACGGGGGGUGAGCGAAGUCAUGGGGGAAAUCAGCCAGUCUAAGGGCAGAGCGGAGGCAAGAGGGGAGAACAAGGAGAGAGGCGGCGGCAGCGAGGGAGAGAGAGCGGAAAGAGCAAACGAGGUGGUAAGGCCGUCAGUGCGAGACGCUGUGAGACAUUUUGAGGAAGCGGUGAGGACGACUGCCGGCAGCAGCAGCAUCAGCAGCGGCGGCAGCAGCUCCUUUGGUGCUGCGAACACAAGCAGUGCCCGCAGGCCCAGCAGCAGCAGCGGCGGCAUUGGUGCUGGCAGUGGGAGGAUUGGCAGCGGCAGGGGGAGUGUGGGGGGUUUGUCGGCAAGGGGUGAAGAGAUGGGCAGUGCGCGAGGGGGUGAUAGGGAAUCUGUGGGCAUGGCAGAGGGGGGAAUGAGGAGACCGAGGACGAGUGAAGGAUGGGGGGAAAGAAGCCGAGUGGAGGUAGAGGAAGGGGGGGCACCGUGGAUCGAAGGAGGUGAGAGAGGAUUGAGAAAGGUACUGAGGGGUUCUGCAGAUGGGCUGGACGCAGAGAGGGGAGAGAUGGAGGAUGGUGAGAUGCGGCACGGGGAUAUGGGGGCCGAAAUUUUGGAGGUGGGUCGGGCAGGUGGCAUGGAGGGGGAAUCGCGGCGGGAGUUUGAGCACGAAGUGAGAUUCGACUCUCGUGCUCUGAUGCAGAGUGCCCCCCGCACGCUGCAGCGGCAGCAACUGCCAGGGUUCAGGGAAGGGCUGGGAGGACGGGUAGGGGGAGGGGGAGGGGGAGGGGGAAGCAGGAUUGGAGGGAGUUUCAGUGAGAGGAGAACUGGUGGAGGAAGCUUCAGGGAACGAGCGGGGGUUGGAACAGUGGGAGGGAGCUUCAGGGAAAGAGUAAGAGUUGGGGGGAGCUUCAAGGAGGGGGAAGGACAGGAAGGAAGCUUCAGGAAGCGAGUAGAAAUCGGUGGGAGUUUCAGGGAGAGAGCCAUGAGGAGUUUCAGAGAGAGAACGGCAAGCUUUAGAGAAAGAGAGGCAAGUUUAAGAGAAAGAGAGGAGGGCAGGAGCAGCGGCAGGGAAGACGGGGAAGGGGAAACGGUGCGAAUGAGCAGUGCCGAGUGCGUGGGGAGCAGCGGUUAUUAUGAGCAUGAUCCAGUCGCCAAGGAUAGCAGCAGGCGCUUCAGUCCCUUGGGUGGGAGUGGGAGUGAUGUGCGCAGCAGCAAUGACGCAGUUGAUGCAACAGCUGAUGGUGCAGUUGAUGGUUCUGCUGCUGCUGCUGCUGCACUGGAUGAUCUUGCUGCUGCGGCCGCCGCUGCUGCAUUUGGUCCUGCUGAUGAUGAUGAUCCCAUACCAGGACUAUUCUCUGACAGUAAUGGUGUAAAUAAUGUGACGAGACGACUGUCUUUUGAGAGGAGUCCGAGGCCAUUGCUGCGAGUGGGAGCAGCAGAGGAAGCAGGGGGGGUUGGUGGGGCGAUAGGAGCGGGUGAGGAGGGAUUGGUGAGUUUAGAACGGCUUCCAGAGCUGACCGCUGCUGCUGCUGCCGCAGCUGAGACUGUAGGGAAGGGGAAGAAGGUGCGUAAGGUGGUGAAGGGAGCAGCGGUUAGUGGCAAGGGAUUGACAGGGAGGGUGAAGGGGGUGAAAGGGGGGAAGAAGGGGAAGGAUGAUGAUGCUGGAAAGGAGGUAGAGAAGGUUAAGGGGAGAACUGUGGGGAAACCAAAGGGCAAGGGAUUGGGGAAGGGGGUGGGGAAAAGAGCAGCAGUAGGAGAUGAAUGUGGGGAGGGGGUGGGCGGAGUGAGUGGGUGCAAAGUGGUCAAGAAGGGUGCAGGUGUUUUGAAGAGAGUGGGGAGCAAAGGGGGUGGGAAGAAAAGCAGGGAGGGCGGAGGAGGUGAGGCUGAUGGGGAGGGUUCAGCUGGUGAGGGCGUGACCUGGACGGGCAAGUCUGAGGGCAAGAGCCAGUCUGCCUCCUCCAUCCCCCUCUCCUUGCAACUCACCUCUGCCGCUGCCCUCGCUUCCACCUCCACCCUCACUCCCCGUGCUGCCGCGGCUGCACCAGCCCCCUCCACGUCUUCCUUCUCCUCCUCCUCCUCCAACUCCUCCGCCUCGCUCGCAAUCCCCUCGCCGAAAACGCACCCCCCCACUGCUCCGUCGACACCGCAGCGCACCGCACCACCCCCCCGCAGCCCCACGGGACGGGGGCAGCUGAACGGGAAACCCCUGAGUAGUCUCCGUCUGGGCGGGUACUGUGUUCUGCUGGCAGAAGAUACCAUGGUGAUGCGGCGCCUGGCGACAAUGAUGCUGGAAAAGAUGGGAGCGGCUGUGGUCGCAGUGGAGGACGGACAGGCAGCGACCGAAGCUGUGGUGGAGAGAGAGAGGCAGGUGGCAGCAGGGAAAGCAGAGCCGUUUGAUGCGGUGAUAAUGGACUGCCAGAUGCCAAGGAUGGAUGGGUACGGGGCGACGAGGUGGAUUAGAGCGCGGGAGAAGGAGGUGGGGGAUGGGAGGCAUUUGCCGGUGGUGGCGCUGACGGCUCAUGCGAUGGCGAGUGAUCGAGAGCACUGCUUGGCGUCGGGCAUGGACGCGUAUUUGACCAAGCCAGCGAAUGCAGCGCAGCUAGUGGCGACGCUGCACAAGCUGGUGAAGAAGACACUGGAGAUUGGCAAGCUGUGCAUCAGGCGCAAUGCGGUGUUGGAUGUCGCAACAGCACGGGGAGUGAUUGUCUUAUCGAGUCUUCCUUCCAGUCUGUAA